AUGUCAAGCUCCCGCAAGAUAAAAUUCCAUUUGAAACGCUGGCUUCGGCCAUUUAUACUGACCCUCUACUUCCUGACCCUGGUCCUGGCCGUCCCCGUGGUCGUGUGGCAGCUGCAGCGCCACAACUGGAGCAUCCACACCAAGGCCUGGUUUAUCGCAGGGAUCGGUGUGCUGUUCACCUUGCCCGUGUCCCUCUGGGGCAUCCUGCAGCACGUCGUGCACCUCUCGAGGCCUGACCUGCAGAAGCCCAUCAUCAGGAUCCUCUGGAUGGUGCCCAUCUUCAGCCUGGCCAGUUGGGGCUGUCUGCUCUGGCCCGACCACGCCACCUACCUGGAGACCCUCCGCGAGUUCUACGAGGCCUUUGUCAUCUACAGCUUCAUGGGCCUCUUGGCCAACUUCGCGGGACAGAGAGUGCUCUGCCGAUGCAAGCUGGCGGUGCUGCAGCACAUCACCAUCAGGCUCUUCAGCUCCGUCAUCGCUGCCACCUGCGAGUUCCUCCACGUCUACAAGCAUGGAACCAUCAGCGUGUCCAGUGCUUGGCUGUACUUGGCCAUCCUCAAUGGAGUGUCAGAGGCCUUCGCCGUCUAUUCCCUCGUGGUGCUCCACCAAACCCUCCAGGAGGAGCUGAAGCCCAUCCAGCCCGUGGGGAAGUUUGUGUGCAUGAAGCUGGUGCUAUUUCUGACCAACUGGCAAGGAGUGAUCAUCGCAGGGCUCUUGAAGUCGCACGUGAUAUCCGAGACCUCCACCUGGGACUGGCAAACGGCCAAGGCAGUGGGCGCUGGGCUGCAGAACUUUGCCCUCUGUAUGGAGAUGCUCUUGGCUGCCAUCGCUUUCCAGUAUAGCUACUUGUACACACCCUACAUGAAAGAACAACGAAGAGGUACAUUUUGGUCCUUCUUCUGGGAGAUCUGGGAUGUGUCAGAUAUUACAGAAGACGUAGUCGCACAGGCCAUGGGGUUCACGGAGUGCUUAUGUGGCAGCACGAAAGGUAUGAGGACAGAAAAGGAUGCGUGUGUCAUUGAAUUGCCGGCAGAGUCAAUAUGCAGAGUCAAUAAAGCGAUGGCAGUGCGUGUCCAAUGCCUGGCUGGUUCCCAGAGGAGGCUGGUGAGGCACCCGCGGUGGGAAGUGUGUCUGGUGAGGAAGCCGGCAAUUCAAUGA